GCAAGAGACGAAAAGAUAAGUCAUCAUGGGGAGUGUCAACGUGAACCGCAACGUCAGCGAUGCGUUUUACCGCUACAAGAUGCCGCGGAUCCAAGCGAAGGUCGAGGGAAAGGGUAACGGCAUCAAGACAGUGAUCGUAAACAUGGUCGACGUCGCGAAAGCGAUCGGCAGACCCGCCACUUACCCUACCAAAUACUUUGGCUGCGAGCUUGGCGCUCAGACGCAAUUCGAUUUCAAAAACGAGAGAUUCAUAGUGAACGGUUCGCAUGACGCCACUAAACUGCAAGACCUCUUGGACGGAUUCAUUCGGAAAUACGUACUGUGCCCGGCUUGCGACAAUCCCGAGACCGAGCUGAUGGUCAGCGCGAAGAAGGCUACCAUCUCGCAGGGAUGCAAAGCGUGCGGCUAUCACGGGCUGUUGGAGAGCAAUCAUAAAUUAAACACGUACAUCUUGAAGAAUCCCCCGAGUUUGAAUCCCGCGGUACAAGGCAGCUCCCUGACCGAGGGUAAACGUGGGAAACGCUCUAAACGUGCUAACGGCGAUACCACCGCCGCAACGACCACCGCGACUACCAAUGGUGAUCGAUCUGGUUCUCCGGAGAAUGAUACGAGCACCACCGACAUCGUGGUCGAGGCUCCUGAGAAGAUGGCGGACGAGAACGGGGACGACGAUAACUGGGCAGUCGACGUGUCGGAGGAAGCGGUACGAGCUCGUAUGCAAGAUCUGACCGAUGGCGCGAAGGGAAUGACCAUCAGCGACGAUCUCGACAAGACUGAAAAGGAGAGGAUGGACAUGUUUUACAAGUUACUCAAAUGCCGUCGCGACGCCGGGCAGCUGGACAACCACAAGGAACUGAUCACGGAGGCUGAGCGUCUGGAGAUCAAGACCAAGGCGCCGUUGAUACUGGCCGAGUUACUGUUCGAUCAGAACAUCGCUCUUCAAGCAAAGAAGUACCGAGUACUGCUACUACGUUUCACUCACGACGACAUCAAGGCGCAGAAGUAUUUGAUCAGAGGAAUCGAGCAAGUGAUAGCUCUGCAUAAAGACGUCUUGAUGCCGAAAGUACCUGGCAUUUUGAAGCUGUUUUACGAUGCUGAUAUUCUGGAAGAGAAAGCUUUGUUCGAGUGGUCGAACAAAGUGACCAAGAAAUACGUGUCGAAAGAUUUGUCGCAAGAGAUUCACGAUAAAGCUACGCCGUUCUUAACCUGGUUGCAAGAGGCCGAGGAAGAGGAUUCUGAAUCGGAAGAGGAAGACGAUGAUUUAGAGAUCGAAUAUGAUGACAGAGCCAAACAAUCGCUGAAACCGCAACAGUCGCCGUCUGUGCAGAAGCCUGCAGUAGUUAACGAAGACUCGGAUGACGAGGAUGAUUUUGAUAUUGAUGCCAUUUAAUGAGAAAGAUUGGAUAAAGGAUGCUCCGUGGUCGGGCACGAGAAAAAAAAUAGGGGAAACGUGCCCGAUUGAACGAUGAUUAACGAUCAUUUUUGUCUGAACACGAUACAAAGAGCCGCAAUAUAAUCUUAUUAUAAUAUAGCAUUUUCGUUAAUUUUAGGCCACAAAGUGAUUACGAAUGCCAUUAUUACAUGUACGAGAAAUUUUCACUGUUCCCGAGUUAGCAAUAUUUAUCUGUACGGUAAUUAUUUUAAUUGUUUUUAAGAAGCCGAUUACGAAUUAACUAAUAUCAUUAUUCCUAAUUAAUUAUUGAGAGAUUUUAAAGAGGGAAAAACUAACGAUGCUUCGAAUGUCUUGAUAAGCAUCUACUUUUAGAAGAAAGCAAAAAGAUAUUGAUAGUUCUCUGCCGUUAUUGGGAAGUUGGCCUGCUGAAAGCGUUCUCUAUUGUAUCUAUUUACUAUUCAAAUAAAUAUGGUUUACCGCAAAA